AACAUAAACCUGGUGACUCUCUCCUUCCUCUAUGGAACCUGCUUCAGGAGCCCAUUGAGGGUUCUAUCUCCUGGGAUCCUGGACUCCUAAACGGGACUUCAGAGAAGGAAGAUGCUGAGUUCUAUCAAGUGCGUGUUGGUAGGGGACAGUGCUGUAGGGAAAACCUCACUAUUGGUGCGCUUCACCUCUGAGACCUUCCCGGAGUCCUACAAACCCACUGUUUAUGAGAAUACGGGUGUGGACGUCUUCAUGGAUGGCAUCCAGAUCAGCCUGGGUCUCUGGGACACUGCCGGCAAUGAUGCCUUCAGAAGCAUCCGUCCCCUGUCCUACCAGCAGGCAGAUGUGGUACUGAUGUGCUACUCUGUGGCCAACCAUACCUCAUUCCUGAACUUGAAGAACAAAUGGAUUAGUGAGAUCAGGAGCAACCUACCUUGCACCCCGGUGCUGGUUGUGGCCACACAGACUGACCAGAGAGAGAUGGGACCCCACAGGGCCUCCUGCAUCAAUGCUGUGGAAGGGAAGAGACUUGCUCAGGAUGUGCGAGCCAAGGGCUACCUGGAAUGCUCAGCUCUUAGCAACCGGGGAGUGCAGCAAGUAUUUGAAUGUGCUGUCCGAACGGCUGUCAAUCAGGCCAGGAGACGAAACAGAAGAAAGCUGUUCUCCAUCAACGAAUGCAAGAUCUUCUAAACCCCAAGGUCCCGCACCUAGCAUUCAUGAACUUACCUCAAAGACUAAUGGGAGAGGAGAAGGCAAGCCAAGGGUUGAUGCUCUGUCUUGGCACAUCUGAACAGCCUUUCGGGAUGGAGUUGUGGGGAGGUUGGCCACUGAUGCUUCCACUAACUACACUCCACAGAUGAACUCCGUGCCCAGCACAACCAGAGGGAUUCCUUGGGAAGCCAAAUGACUAGUCCGUCUUCAAUAGGAAACUAAAACAACCAUCCUAAUUCAGACAAUUUCCCAAGAAGGUGAGGUCUGGGGAGCAUCUAAAAAUGGGAAGGACCUGAGAAGGAAGCGGGAGUUUCGUGGUGGAAGCAGAGGAGGGGAGGCCAGAGGAGAUGCUGAUGGACCUGGAGUGGGGGCUGCCUGUUGAUAGGAACCAGUGUGAGGAAGGAAGCCUCACGCUGGAGCACCGGAACACAUGUAGAGCCUCUGCAGUGUGCACCUGGGGGAAACCGCACCAACCAGGGGUUCUGGUCCCUGCUAAACUCUGUGUCCCCAAGGCAGUGCUACUUCCUAAUUAGCU